AUGACGGGUGUGUUCGGAUUUCUGUCCAAGGGUUUAGAUGCCAUCAACUCCCUGAAUUCGCACUACUUUGCGUUGUCGGUGGAUGAACAGAAGGCCAUGACUUUCGUUGAGCGUAUUAGAUACUACAAUUGGACGUUUGAGGGGAUCUGUGUGGUCCUGCUCGGGCUGAUGUAUGCCGUGUACGUGGCGGGGACCAAACUAAACGAGCGGCGCUCGGACCGUCUGUUCGAACAGCUGAACAAGUUCUUCUGGGAGGAGCUGCAGUUUGCGCGCGUGGGUUUUUCGUCCCGGGACAAGGGACGGCUGCCAUACAUCAGCGAUCGGAAUGGCACAUGGUGCACCGCAUUCGCUACGGGGCGCACGUGUGUGGACCAUAUUGUGGUGAAGGCUCACUACCCGGCGCGCUUCAACCCUGUGGGGCUGCUGGUGGAGAAGCUGCUGGGGAUGUUCUUCCCGCAGGUGGUGGACCCGCACGGCGAUGAGUUUGUGCAGGUGACGGUGACCCCCAACGGGAAGUGGACGAAGGACGAGAACAGCGCGGUUCAGGCGACGGAGGACGGGCUGAACCGGUUCCGGUUCAUCGCGUCGAUCGUCAACAAGAACGGGAUGAACGACUCGCGCGGCAAGAACUACUUCCUCUCCUUGACUCACACGUCCGAGGGCGAAACUCUUCCUAUGGAGUACGUCUUCAUGUCCGAGAACAACCAGCUGAACAAGCUGCUUGUGAGCUAUAUGGACGGCGAGGCGUUCCGCCAGACGCUAAAGCGUGCCGCCCACUUUCUGCGGUUCAUUGCCUUCACCGACUUGCCAGAAGAGAAGCCCGUCACGGACAAGCUGUGGGAGGCGAACCAGAAACCGCGCUGUGUGAUCCAGUGCUCGGCCGUCUUGACCGACGCUGACGUCGCGCUGCUGAGGGAACUCAUCGCCGCUGUAGUUGCGUUCUACGAUGUCACCACGCGCGAGAUCGUGCAGCAGAGCCCUAGCCUACUCUUGACAAACGAGACCCUGCGCCGCUCGGUGCAAUUGAGAAAGGACGAGCUCAGCAAGAUCGUCAAGAUCAUGAAGCAGGUGGAACGCGAGAUGGCCCAGGAGAAGAAGGCAGAGGAGGAGAAGAAGAAACGGCGCGAGCUCAGAGACUCGCUCUCGGGCGAGCAGCAGGACAAACUAGACCAGAAGCUCAAGCAAAAGCGCGAUCGCCGCAAGAAGAACAAGCAAGCGUUGCGCGUCUAG